CGGGCUCAGGUGGGUUUCCCCAGUGCAGCUGGAGGAGGAAGGUCCCUUUCUCACACCACUUGCAGUGCCACAGCAUGCAGUCCCUCUUCUCAGUGCUGCUUGCUCCUCCUGGAUGCUCCUCUCUGUCUCCCCAAACCACCUCAGCUUUGUUCUAGAUUGCCCCUUGGGCUCUGAAUUGAUGGGUUGCAUGUGCCCUGGUUGGAGCUCACCAUAAACCCUUUCCUGCCUGUGAACUGACCAAUGAGAAAAAGCCGAAAAAUCAGCACAUUUGAAGGAUUAAAGAAUAAAAGAAGAAAAAAAAAAAAGACAAAACCAACACCACACAAAAAACCAAACCAACAACAACAACAACAAAAGAAAAGAACAGCAGAGAAAAGACCAACAUGUUCUGAAAAGCCCUGAAACAACUAGAGAGAAGCUGUAAGAGGCGGAAAGAUCAAACCAAAAAAGGUAAGAGAUGAAAGAAAAACAUGAAGGGCACUUGCUGGGAAGUGUCUUCUACACUUUUUCCACUGUCUAUGUAGAAGCGAAACUUGUAAGAAAAACAACAGCGACCCAAAGAAUUUCCACUAAAAGAUGCUUAGAGCAGUGUCUCUGGUCCCUCCCUUCUCUCUCUAACUGGCUUCAGCUCAGUCUUCACGUGCCUCAGACUUACACUGGUUUCUUGGUUGUGACGCAUCUUCUUAGUGAUACAAGGAAAUUAGCUACCCACCUGCAAUAUAAGGGCAUCUAGUGAAAUACUUUGAUCAGAGAGAGAGAGACAACACGAGAAGCAAGCAUAUCCAGCUGACACCCCCCUUGGUUCAUCCACUCACCCUAACAUCUUCUUUGCCCAUGCCUCAUUUUUGCUGAGCUCUCAAAGCUUCUGACCUGAUCAAGCACAGACUUGAAUGGGAAGACGAAGCCCUUCACCUCUCCUGGCUGCCACCAUGAGGCCAGUAUCACCGGUGCUGUUCCUCACCUUCACUCUGCUGGCUUCCAAUGCUGGCCACAUCCCACCAGGAGCAGCAGAGGGGGAAAGCAGGGAGCAGAAAGUAUGGGCCAGAGCAGGGAGUUCAGCUGUGCUGCCUUGCCACCUGAGCCCCAGAAGGAUGUCAAAGAGCUUGAAGCAUCUGCCCGACAUGACAUCCGUGCUGUGGAAGCGGCAUGGGGGAAGUGCCCACCAGGAGCCACACAUGGUGCUGGAAGUGGAGCCCUCAGGUCUCCGGAAGACGGCACUGCACAUGAGGUCCCGGGUGUCAGUCCAGGACUCUGCCUUACGCAAUGGCAACUUCUCCCUGAGAAUUGACCCCGUCCGGAGCGAGGACGCCGGGCUGUAUGAGGCACGGGUGACAUACAAUACAGAGGUCCAGAGCUGCCAGGUGGAACUGGGGGUAAUUACAGUAACCCUCAGUCCACCCAGCCCUGUGAUAGAAAAUGAGCCGCUCUUGUUGAGCUGCAACUCUAGCCACCGGGCGAGCCUUGUGGAGACAUGCUGGUUCCACAAUGGAUGCCUGAUCCCCACCUCCAGGACCUUCUGCUCCUUGCCUGGGGCUCUCUCCAUCUUCCGGCCAGCCAUGAGUGAUGCAGGCUCCUGGCGCUGCCAGCUCAGAUACUCUGAUAACGAGAUCAUUUCCACCACAUACGACCUGCAAAUUCUAGGUUUUGAUGGCCCAACCAAUCCUGUGGUCUAUGCUGCAGCUGGCUCUGCAGCUGAUCUACCAUGCACCCUGAGCUACCUUCCCAGUGCCUUUGGGAUCAACAUGGUGACAGCCCACUGGAGCCGCCUUGCAGGAGGACACUUGCAAGACUGGGGCAUCUCCCAGAAUCUGAGCAGCAGAAGCUUCCCCCUUCAUCUCCCUGUGGUGUGGCCAGGUGAUGCAGGGCAGUACCACUGUGCUGUCUCUAUUGGCAGCAAGAAAAUCAUCAGGGACGUGACCCUGGCAGUGAUUACAGUCACCCCAAGCAUUCAAGGACUGGUUUCUGAGGGGUCUCACUUGCUGCUCAUCUGCAGCCUCACACACCCCCAGGGACACGAACGUUUCCAGUGGAAGUACCUCGACUCAGCCCCCACUAACAGCAAGGUGGCUGUGGCCACCUCCCGUAACCUGGAGGGCCACAGGUCCCAGAUGGGCCCUACCUUGGAAAUACUCCAAGUGUCACAAAAGGAUACAGGCACUUGGGAAUGCAGCGUAUAUGGCCCAGAAGGCAGACUGGGAGCAGCGCAAUAUGGGCUGCAGAUCACAGGUGCGCAGGUCUCCAGCCCUCCCACCAUCUUCAGUGGGCAGGUUACUUUUGGGCUCACACUCACCCUCUUCCUCCUGCUUACAGUGUGUGUUCUGGCUCUGGCCAUGCAAAAAAAGGCACGGCCUCCUGCCUUCCCAGCACUGGAAGGGAUGUUUGCAGUCACUGUGCCAUGGAAGAAGAUGGAGGAGAAGCAGAAAGAGAACAUGCAGCAAACUGAGUGCUGAUGGGAGCAGGGACACCAGGCCCAGUCUGCAUGGGAGGAUGAAACUCUGCAUGCUGUGCUGCAGAGAGAUGGGCACCAUGCAGACCUCUCAGGAGGGUCUAGGGAUGGCAUGAACAUAUCAGGAGGACAUGGAAGCUCUGUACCUGCAGAGGGACUGGAAGCUGCAUACCAGGGCAAGACAAGACUCACUGCUACAGUAAGAUGGCAGGCAGCACAGAUGCUUUGGAGCUAUUGGAAGUAUUUGAGCCAGUAGCUAUUGCCACAUCACUUCUCUCUCCCACCCUUUGGCCCCCUUCACAGCCUGUCUCACAGCCUUUCACUGGUGGGACACGUGAACAUGGGAGAUGGCUUGAACCCAGAUCCCCUGCACCCCCAUGGUGUUUUCUCCUCUCUGCCCACUUUCUUCUCCCUCUCCCCGCACUGCCCUGCUCUUGCCCUCAUUCAAUGGCAGAGGGGACCCCCCAGAGGACUGCACAUGUUGCACAUUCUGAGCAUUUUAUUUUAUUAUAAAUGCAUUUUAUAACCUAAAAUAAAACUGUCUGACAAAACAAACAAAAAAAACACACAAAAAAAAUCCACCACCAAACCCUGGCUCCUGUGUAUGCUUGAGGAGGAUCACACCUACUGGCAGGGUUGGCUGUAACUGCCUUUGCAAAGCAGCUUUUAAGAAGUUUGCUGUAUUCUCUUUCUUUUUCAGUUCUCUUUUACUGUAGUCGCCUGUUAAUUUUUGACAUUCUGGUGGUGGGGAAGGGGACAUAAUAUGCCAUUAGAUAAGAAAGGAUCACAGGUUCAGUCUCCCCUUUUUGCUGCGCUUCAGAGUCUGUUUUGUUUUGUUUUGCUUUGUUUUGUUUCCUCCUGUCUGGCUUUUGCAUUCAUUAAUUCAUUUAUUCCUUUAGUCCUCACACUUUCCUGAUAGAUUGAUGUUAGGGCUCUCUGUCACUCUCCUCAAGCUAAGGAUGUACUUAUGUGAAUCCACAGGUCCCAUCUCCCACAACCCUCAAUGGAUUUAGAUUUAACUUUGAGAAUUCUCUUCCCCACCUCUCUGAACAGCCAUGGAAGAUUGGGGUACCACUCUUGGACAGCCCUUGCAUGCCACCCGAGAAGAAAGCCUUGCUAAUAAAGAGAGUCACACAUGUAGCUUCUUCCAUACAGGUCACUGGGCUGUGGCUGCUCAAGGAGGUGGUGGUACAAAAAUGAAGCUCUCAGUGUUUAGGAAGGGAGAUCAUUUUCACUUGAGAGCUUCACUACCAGGCCAGCUUUUCAUUAUUUCAGCAGGCACGCAAAGAGGUGUUCUUGCUAGUGUGGCCCUCACCUUCCCCCCAAGAACUUCAGUCACACCAGUAAUGAAUGGCCUCUGGCAGACUUCAAGUAGUGGAGCAGCACCCAAGAAGUCCCAACUAAUCCACUCUGGGGAGCACAGCUUGACUCCACAGCUCUUUAACUGCUCAACUAGCCAUGCAUUUUCCUGGAAGUGAUACCCUUUUAUCCACCAAGUCAUAGAGAAACUCAAGCAGAGGUGCAAGGUAGACUUGUGUGCUUCAGCUGUCUCAUGCAGACACUGAAAGAGAAACCCUAUAAGGAAGGACGGUCCAGCCUAGUACCUGACAUCUUCCUCGCAACUGAUGCUGCUGCAUUUUUUUCAAGUUGGAAUCACCUGUCUAGCUCAGUCUCUUCUCUCUGCCAGAUGCUUUGGAGAUAGAAAAAAGGUGGGGAAGACCCAGUGUGGUUAAGGGGCAGUCCAAUAUUCAGCAGGACCACAUCACAUUCCCUCAGUGCUUGA